GCAGCCCAUCCUUCUGUGAGUGGAAAAGGAAGCUUUGACGUUCCUAGUUUUUAAGAAUCAUGGAGCGAGCUGUGAGCUUGGCCUGCUACAACAGAGUGCCAGCCUGAGAGGCUGAAAGCAAGUCCAUGAAAGAAAGUCCAUGUCAGUGCCUUUGCAGCAGCAGCAGCAGCAGCAGCAGCCAAGGCAUCCCUGGCUGUUUUCUCAUUUUCUGUUCAAGAGCUUUUAAACAGAGGAAGAUCUGGGUUUGCAGGCAGAAGAUUUUUUGCUGAUUUUAGCCAUGGUGGGAUAUCUAAGUCAGAGCAAUAUGCAGCACUGUCUAACUAGUUGGUAAAGAGAGCAAAUUUGGGACAAUGGGAUGUAAUGCCCUGCCACUGAGAGGCAGCUGGGACUGUGGAGGGAUUUCAACUCCCCUAAUUUGAUAGAGAGUUAAAUUGGCCUGGGACAUACGCACUGUAGAACUGAGGCCCGUAGGACCAAGUGCAUGUUAAUGGCUGUCUUGUGUUUCCUUUGUCCCAAUCCCAAGGACGUGCCAACCCAGCUGGAGACUCCCAGAAAUCCACCGUCUAUGUUCCGAUCCUUCCUGCAGUCUUACCUGUACGGGAAUGUGAGGCCCCGAUGGCCCACCAAGCAGCUUCUGCAGACAAAGUGGCUGGAGCAUCCAUUUUUAGAAAGAUCCGAUAGUCUCACCAACAACAGUCCUCUGCUCGAUGCAGCCAGGAGAUUCCUUACAGAGAGGGUCACAACACCAUCACCAGAACCUCUGCUGGCUCCCUCUGUUUCUGGACAGGAGAGUAAGGAAGAGCAAGCAGAGAAGGAAAACGUGAAAGCAAAGCCUGAAGGAAUGAAAUCAAUCCUCAAGAGCUCACCAAUGGCAGCUGUUGCUGCAGCACCACAGUCUGAAGAAAUCUCCUUUCCCGACACUGAAAUGCCAAGCACAAGCACCGGGAAAGGAGACACUCGGAAGAAAAGCAUUCCAAAGGAAAUCACGUACCGGCCGCCAAAGCUAUUGCCACUAACACGACGUUUCCUUGAUGACCUCAAGAGCCAUGUGAGUGAGGGGAACCCUACGAAGAAAUACACUGUACAGCAGAUAAUUGGCCAAGGGACUUUUGGAACAGUUUUCCGAGGAGUUGACAUUGCCACAGGAAGACGGGUGGCCAUCAAGAAGAUUUUUGUUCUCGACAGAAAGAACAAAAGGGAGCUUGUUUUAACUGAGGUUGCAGUCCUGAAGAGAAUGAGGCACCCCAAUAUCAUUCGCUACAUAGACAGCUACCUUUUCAAUGAAGAACUCUGGCUGGUGACGGAAUAUGUGGAGGGAUGCACCUUAGGCGAUGUCAUUUCCAUACAAGCUCUUGAGGAAGAGAUGAUAGCCUCUAUCAGUCGGGAGCCUAAGCACAAGCCACCCGAGCUGGAGACUCCCAGAAACCUGUCGCCUGUGUUCCGUUCCUUCCUGCAGUCCUGCCUGAAACGGAAGGUGAAGCGUCGAUGGACGGCCAGGAAGCUGAUGAAGGACUGA